CAAAAUAUAAGAUCGAAACCCUUAAGAACUAAAAAACAAUGGCGGAUCGUCAUUCCGUCCAACCCCAAGCUCAAAGAGUUUCAACAACAAGACCAACUGGUGGGACCACCAUGGUAACAACCGGUGGUGGUGGUGGUGGUACUAUUCUGAAAAGAAUUCAAGAGCAUGCACCAAAUUCAACCCAAGUUGUUGGGCUAUUAACCUUAGUUAUAUCAGGUGGUAUUUUACUAUUUCUCACAGGGUUAACAUUAACAGCAGUAGUUAUGGGUUUGAUAUUUUUCACACCAUUGAUUAUCUUGUCAAGUCCUAUAUGGGUACCAGCAGGUACAGUUUUAUUGAUUGCGAGUGCUGGUUUUCUAUCAAUGACUGGAUUUGGUGUGUCUUUAUUAGCUGUGUGUUCAUGGAUGUACAAGUAUUUCAGAGGAAGACAUCCACCGGGAUCUGAUCGUGUUGAUUAUGCUCGUAGUCGGAUUGCUGAUACAGCCAGUCAUAUGAAAGAUUAUGCACGAGAAUAUGGUGGGUAUUUGCAAAGUAAGGUUAAAGAUGCUGCUCCUGGUGCUUAAUUAAUUAGUUUACUUUACAGUCUUCAGUUUUGUAGUAGUUAUAAUGCUAAUCUCUAUGUAUACCGUUUUGUGAGCGAUGAUGAUGAUGACGACAAAGGAAUCAAUAAGAUUUUUCUUUAAGUUUUGUCCUGGGUUUUGGUUGUUGUUGGUGUGGUUUCAAUUUUGGAUUUUCAAUUUUGCUAUGAUGGGAAAAAGAGAUCUGGAAUUUCAUAUUUUAUAUUUACUUUUA